AUGAUCGCAAAAUCCAAUUCUCUCGAACUCGAUGCUCUGGAACGCACUACUGAGCGGGUACAGUCCGUUUUCGACGCGGUUUGGAACGAGUUCUAUUCAUGGGAACAAGAACACUCCAAAUUAUCAAUUGUUUCCCUGGCCUGCUCUCCUGCUUUCGGAAGAAAACGCCUUUUUGCUACUCCAGACGUUGACUUGAGCCUGCCACUCGACAGACCGGCCACUCCGGAUGCCUCCGCCGAGACCACCGAAGACGACACAGAAUGCUUAUUUACAAUGUACAACAUCGGAGACAACGGAUCCUUUGCUGUCGAAACCUUGACAAUUUUCGAGUCUGUGGAUGUAGGGAUCGUCGAGCCAUGCAAUACGUACGAGUCUUGCGCCCCCAUCAAUAUCAAUAUCUUGCACGGAGAUGACUCAAGCGACAUGCCAUUCGUUCCAUUUGCCGACGACUCCUUCUUCGACGCUCGAAACCAUAUGCUCGAAUAUGAUACCUUGGCAUGGCAGACAAAUUCCAAAGACCCGAACCAGAGCGCUCGUCGACUCAGCCUUCACUUUGGCAUAUCAACUGCUCAUAUUGAUGAGACUGCCGUUCUUCCAAUUCGGCUGGGCACAUAUUCUUCCACUCCAGGGGCAAUUUGGACGGGUUCCCAGAACGAUCUAGCUCAUUGGUCCGAUGCCCUGAAGCCAUUUAUCUCCUCUGUCGCGAGGACGCUGGUGCCUGAUGCUCGGAAUUUAACUACUCUCCUCCAGGAAGAAUUAACGCUGUUCUGCCCUAAUCUCAAUUGUGUGCAAGCUCAUUGUCUAUCUCAUGAUUUCCAGCAGGUCACAUUGAGUCUACACGACAAUCGUUUCCGGAACGUCUCUCUGCAUGCGCUUGCUGAUGAUCCAGAAGCCAUAGCGUGUGGCCGUGGUUGCCAUCUGAAUUUCAAAGGCAUCGAAGACGUCAUACCAUGGAGCUCUGUAGAUGUCAAAAAUCUGCGAACGUUCCUGCAUAUUUUCCCCGGUGCGAGCGAGUGCGAGCUCGCUGCCCUUUGCCGCAAACCAUGCAACGAGGUAGCAACGAUCUGCAAGUCUCCUGGGAUGAGUACGCCUUUCGACGAUACGGACUGGGAACUUGGUACUCGAAGUCCGGAACUGCCGUUUGAAUUCGCGAACAUCCAUGUAACCAUAACGGACCCUGCAAUCGAGCGAACGACUGUCCUUGCUUCCGAAACGGUGUACGCUGUUCGAGAAAUUGCCGUUGCGACAUUGACUGUGUCAUUCGUUGGACUGGAUGCCGUUGCGGCAGGAAAGGUUCAAAACCGCAAAUGUGCCUCGCUGGUCGCUGCCCGUGCCGUCAAACUAAUCGCGAAUGCGAUCCAGAGCUUUGCUCCACGUGCGAUAUACAACUCAGAAAAGAACGUCUGCUGCAACUCUCGAUUGCAAAAGGGGCAUGUCAAAGCGAGUAUUAGUACCAGUCAGCGUUGCAUGCAGCUUGACGAACUGACGUGCUAUGUUCAGAAAGUUGAAGUCAAGCGAGGCAGCUUCGGUCUUGAGUACGUCGGCGAGCUCAUCUACGAACCGACGUUCGUCACUCGAAGCGAAGUUUCCUACCAUCGGGGACGUAGCUACGUCUACGGACUAAAUGCGUCCAUGAACGUCGAUAGCGCCUUUGUAGGGAACGAAGCCAGGUUCAUCAAUCACUCCCAUCAAGCGAACUGCUCUGUUGAAAUCCUCCUGGUUAACGGUGACCACCGAAUAGGCAUCUUUGCCAAACGUUUUAUAUCCGCUGGAUCCGAGCUGUUUCUCGACUAUGGGCCGGAAUUUCCCCUAUAA